AUGAUCCUCAAGGGGAAGCUGGUCCACCAAGGAAUAGAAGUACCCGAUUCCAGCAGAAGCUACUGCGGGAGUGCGGCCAAGCAACCUCAAGUCAUUUCAUUUGAUGAAAUCAUCUGGGCAGAGACUGUCGGCAAUGCGAUUAACCUGUCCUACAUCCAGCUUAAUGCGGACAAAACGAAAGGCGAACUUAGAAUGACGCGCCUCCGUAUAGAGGACGAAGAGCCUCAAAGCGGAGCUUCUCCUCCUGUUUACAUCCUCAAUGAGGCGUACGCUGACAGUAAACGCCAAAAAAGACUCUAUGUGAUUGUAAAUCCUCAUAGUGGGCCGGGCCAUGCCCGCAAGCUAUAUCAUGACCACGCCGAGAAGCUCCUUAAAGCCGGUAGAUGUGAAAUCACUCUACAAACGUCAAAUUAUAUCGGACAUGCGGAAGAGCUAAUGAAGGACCUGGAUAUCGAACAAUACGAUGCUAUAGUGUGUGUGAGCGGCGACGGUUUGCCGCAUGAAGUCAUGAACGGGCUGGCCAAACGGCCUGAUGGAGCCCAUAUUUUAGCCACAACUCCUAUUUGCCAACUCCCAGGUGGCUCCGGCAACGCCAUGUGCUACUCACUGAACGGAACAGUCGAUGUGAGUGUUGCCUGUCUCAAUAUUAUUAAAGGCGUCGCCAUGCCUACAGAUUUAAUGGCGAUUACGCAAAGGAACAGACCCACAAGAUACUCAUUUUUAAGCCAAUCGUGGGGAAUUGUUGCUGAUUGUGACCUUGGCACCGACAGCUGGCGGUGGAUGGGGUCGUUCCGGUUUGAACUGGGCUUGUUGAUCAAACUGAUCUCUGGCAACACCUACCCUUGUAAAAUUUCCUACAAGCUUGCAUGUCCUGAAGAACGGAAAAGCGUCAUUGCAUACUUUAGCGAGAAUAAGGCGUCAGGAAUCAGCCAAAAGCUGGAUGAGCACUCCCUUGAUCUGAAAUAUGGAACAGUCGACGACCAAAUACCCCAGGACUGGACAGUGGAAACGCAUCGCGACAUGGUUAAUUUUUACGUCGGAAAUAUGCCAUGGAUGUCUUCCGAUGCAAUUGUGUUUCCUUAUACAUUACCUCAAGACGGCGCUAUGGAUAUGAUCACCUGGGACUCGGACGUAAAGUUUUUUGAAGGCCUUCAGCGAUUCAUUGCCAUGACCAAAGCCACCCAUGUGAACAACCCAAGAUUAAUCUAUCGAAAAGUAGUGGCCUAUCGUCUCGAGCCACUGUCUGAGCAUUAUUUGUCCGUGGACGGCGAAAGCUACCCUUGUGAACAAUUCCAGGUAGAGCUUCUGCCCCGGGCAGGCUGCAUUUUGAGUCGAGGAGAUUAUGCAGCUGUUCCUUAA